GAUUGGGUGCUCAGCCAGUGAAGGGAACAUGUGGAGGAUGGAUGGACAGAGAAAAGAGGAGGGAGAAAAGAGGAAAGAAGAGGUGGAGGUGAGAGGAACAGCUGAUGGAGGAAGAACCUGUGAGUCAAGAACAACAGUGUCCUCACCCCCUCUCUCCCUGGCCCACUCCCAGCCCUCCUCCUAUUUCCUCCACCCUUACCGCCCAGGAUACUGUGGUGCUCAUACGAGACCAGUCCCCAGGACCCAACCUCACAGCCACACUGAAAUCCAGUCCACAGCCAUAGGCCCUAACCCCUACACUACCCAGUCCACGGCCCCUAACCCCUACACUACCCAGUCCACAGCCAUAGGCCCUAACCCCUACACUACCCAGUCCACGACCCCUAACCCCUACACUACCCAGUCCACGACCCCUAACCCCUACACUACCCAGUUAUCUAAGCCCUUUGCUACACCAUACACUCACACAGAUAUAAAUGAAGACAGCCAUGGAACUUAUUCUGAGAAUGAUAUUGAUUCUGGAUAUAGUGACUAUUUUAAGAAGGAUGGAGGCCUAGACUCUGCACAUCGUUUUGGAAAGGACUUCAAGAGCAACAUUGAUAGUUUGUAUCGUUAUGUGAAUGAGUCCAAGACUAAAGAAAGGCUGGAGUAUGGCUUUGUCUCUGAAUCCAUCACUGACUUUGACUCCCUCUACUGCACCGCUAACGUCACUGAUAAACAGCCUCACACCGGCUCACACACACUCGUCAGCAAUGACACACACACUCAAGGCUGCACCACCCCAUAUAAAAACGUUGACGCGACGAUGAUGGCAUAUGCCAAAACACACACUGUCGGUUCCCUUGGUCGCACUGACACACACACACACACCUCUCACCCUGGCCAGAGCAGAACCUCUAAAGAUCUCCCUCCCCUCCCUACCUGGUACCUCUACCACCCCAAAAACUGUCCCAUCCACAGGGGUGCCCCACCCCGCCUCUCCCCCAUCGGGGCUCUCGACCCCCCCUAUCGCUCUGGAGCCCCCCCUCCGGGCCUGGACGCAUCCUGCCUCAGCUCACCCCUGUUUCCCGCUCUCACACCCUCCCAGCCCUGGCCGCCCCCUCUACUACCCCUUCCUCUACCCCCUAUCCCCCCCAGGAAAACCUCAGACCCCCAAAACUCAUCCAGGCUCCGCCGCUGCCGCCCACGCUGACGGUUCGUAGCGUCUCAUUUGCCAGCUCUGUACAGAGAGGUGGGACUUCCUGGAUGGGCGAUGACGUGAAGGUCCCUCUGAGAGGCCUAGGGCUGUCCUCUCUGUGCCUGCUGGAAAAAAGAGCUCUGGUCAGUGCAGUCAGUGUGGCAGUGGAGGCCAUUUUGGCUCAGUUCAGCUCCUCACGGACCCUGGUGCAGAAGUCUGCCUCCAUUAACAAGGCUCUAUCAGGAGACAGCAGUGUGAAUCCGUCUCUGGGCCGGCUGGUGCUGCAGUGUUUGUGCCCCGCCCUGCGGAGCCUGCUCUCCGACGGCCUCAAGCCCCACCAGAGUGAUUUGAUCUCGGGCAGGAGGCCAAACUCAACCUGGGCACUGGUCCAGGCCUCCACCAGGCCAGGUAGGAACUCUGGAGCGCAGUACAGAGGGCCCAGCACUCAGUCCCUGUACAGCCUCCAGGCUAGAAUAGGAGAGCUGCCCCAGCUCCGGCAGAACAAACACAGGUUCAACGCCUUCCUCCUCGGCCUCCUCAACAUCAAGCUUAUGGAUUUCUGGCUGUCCCAUCUCCAGUCAUGCAGUGAUGUGUUGGUGACGUUCUACCAGCCCUCCUCCUUCAUGCGUUUGUCAUUGACUUCCUGCCAGCCUCUGUUUGAGGAGCUCCUCCUCCUGCUGCAGCCCCUCAGUCUCCUGACCCUUAACCUCGACCUGCUCUUCCAGCACCACCACCUGGAUCCAGCCAAUCACAGCCCAGAGAUCCCCAGCCCACCCAAUCAGGACCUGUGGUUCAGGCUCUCGCCCCGGGGGUCCGCUUCCCAAAGCAGGGGCAGCAGCUAUCUCGAGAGCCUAUCAGAGCUGGACUUUGGGAGAACAGAACCCGAGGCGACCAAUCAUAAUGUGAGCUCGUCGUCCCUGGCCAACUCAGGGGUGGGAGGGUUGGUGGAGUCACUGAAGCCAGCGAGUCUCAGUGUGGAGUCUGCAAAGGUCUCUGGGGGUCUUGCGGAGACAAGUCCUCAGCUGAUGUGGGUUCAGGAGAAAGAAAUUAGGGAGCUAGCACCUCCUAAUGUUGAGGAGGCCAGUCUCUCCCAACAGGCAGGACAGGUGAUCCAGCAGGGAUGGGGGGCUGUGGUACGCUGGGGGGGCAAGCUGGGCCAGAACCUGGCUGAACUCAGCCUGUCUGCAGUACAGAACCAGGAGGGGACAUCCAGAGACCCCCCAGAGCCCCAGACCAGUACCCAGGCCAGGAGUGACCCUCCUCAGGUCGACGGAGCAUUGGCGGUCCCCUGGGGUUUGGGACGGCUGUUUGGAGCCUCCAAUAACCCCACGAUACCCACACUUCCAACCAGACGUCCGUCUCAGUGGUUGUCUCCAGGGGUGUCUGUUCUGACCCGGAUGGUGAGCAGCAGUUCCAGCGCUAACCAGAGGAGGGCGCUGGAGCCCCAGCAGGUAGAAGAGGUGUUCGAGAAAGAGAUGGAGGAGACAUGGGACAACCCAAGACCCCUCAGGUCAGUCAGAACACUAUGCGACCACUCUGGCACAGGGGCGGAGCUAAGCUUCCAGAAAGGGGAGGAGUUAGUGGUUUUAGGGGGAGUCGAUCACGACUGGAUUCGCUGUCGUCAGGGAGACCGAGAGGGGCUCGUACCCAUUGGCUACGCCUCACUGAUCCUGUGAUUUCAGACACCUGAUCAGAGUUUUGAUUGUUUGAAUAUAUCUGGGGGAGGGAAAAUGAAGUCAUAAAGCUAUAAUGUAUUUAGGCAACCAUAAAGAGGCUGUGGUGAAGUCUCAAUGCUAUCAGAGAAAUAGUUCACCCCUGAAUCUAAGUUCAAAUCACAUGUUUAUAUCUCUAAAGUGGUCCAAAGUCGUAUGUCAGGGUUCCCCAACUGGCGGCCCAUGAUUUUAUAAGGGUUUGGGUUACUUGUUGGACAUAAAAUACUAACAUCAGUAAAUGUUGGAAAUCUGUUCCAAGGUAUUCCCACACAUAGAGAGAGAUGUGAUUGUUUACAAAUCUAAGCAAGGUUUGAAAUGAUUAUAUUUUAGCCAAAUGUUAUAUCUGUUUGGGCUUCUUGUGGUCAAUUUGCGGUCUACAAAUGAUUUGUGAUUAGGUUCCAGCCCCCUGACCAUCCUUGGCUGAAUCUAGUUGAUGAUCUCUGGUCUAAGUGAUUUAGUUCAGUCCCUACUCCGCACCAUCUGUGGUGUAGAUCCCACUAUAUGCACUGGUAGAAAUGUGCAAAACUCAAUCCCUAAAGAACUGUACCAUCUAAUGCCAUCUAAUUAGGGGGAUUGAAGGAAGAUUGAAUUUAGCUCACCAGAUGGUGUGGAAUAUGGACCCAGCACGACUUCAGACCACUUUUGAAGUGUGAAAACUUCAGACAAACACUUAUCUUGGUGUGGACUAUCCCUUUAAAUGUCCUCCAUUCAUCAUCUCUCUUUUGUGACCACUGAUCUGAGAAGGACUGGAUAAAGCUUUGUAGAAUUCUAUUCAUAGGUUGCACCUCCGUCACGUCAUGCCAAGCCGCCAUCGGCGGUGACCUAAAGUGGUGAUAAGCCCCGUCGUUCUGAGUCUAACUACUGUUUAGUAUAAAUGAAUAGCAAAAUUCUGCAAAAAUAGCUAGCAAAGCAAACGUAAGCUAGUUACAACCAGGUGGCCUCCCCUCAAUUGAAGCUAGUUAGCUAAUGUUAUACUGCAUCUAAAGUCUAUCUGGUGACAUCAAAAUGAUGACGAAAGAUUUUCCUCAUAAUUAUUUGCCUGUUUUUGAAUGUCAUUGUAUUUCCAGGCCACUGUAAUGCACUUUCGAUGAAAUCUUCAUCAGCGCUUAAUGAUGAGGAUGCAUUGCGUAGAACGCUCAGUCGGGCAUCAGUCCAAACGAACGUUAAAAACAAUAUUGUGACGAAACAUGCAACCAAUGCAUUCAGCUUAUCCAAACACUUUCAGAUCAGCAGUCACUAUGGGAAGAUGUAUAGCCUGGUAGCCAGGUCGGUUUCUGCUCUAGACCCAGACCUUGCCGCCAGGCUAACCGGUGAAGGGAGCCAUGGUAGAGUAUUGGAGCGUAGCCCUUGUUACGUAACGUAGUACCAUAGUGCAAUGUAGCUGUUUUCUGUGUUCUAUUUGACCUUUCACCCCUAUUGAUCUCUCACCUCUUUCACUUAGUCUCUGUGUGUUUGACAUGUUCCCACUACAAUUAAUAGUCAGUUUAAAAAUGAUAACUAUUUGACUGUAUAAAUAUACAUACAUAAUAUAUAGGUAUAUGAAUAUAGAUGAAUUUAACCGAUAGAUGGAUAGAUAACCAAGAGAAAACAGAUGGUCAAACGUUACUAUAGAUAAGGUUGAUCAUGAAUCAAAUUGAUAAGUGAUCUGGCCUUUUAUCCCCAACUCACCAGUCACUACUCUAUAGUCAUUAUACACACAGACAGCUCCAGUGUUUUUGUCAAUUAUUGGAAUCCAGUGGCUUCAUCUUAGUGUGUGUUUGCAUUGUCUUGACUUCAUAUCGUUCAUAUCUUCAUCAUAACCUGAUGGUCUCAUACCUUUAGACUGCAUUUAUUGUAUAAUGAAUGCUUUGAGUGAAUGCAGUGGGGUUGGGCUCAAUAUGGCAGUCAAUUCAGGAAGUAAACUGAAAUUCCAAUUCGAUGAUUGAAAUAGGGGCCUGUAUUUUUAAUGAUUUCUUAAUGAAUUGAAAAGGAGAAGCUAUUUAUGUUUUUUAAGUAGCUGAUUUUAAAUUCAAAUCUCUUCCUGAAUUGGCAGCCUUCAAUUCGAAUUGAGCCCAACCCUUGAAUGCAGAAGAAUAUCUAUCUAUAUGACACAUAUCUAUCUAAAGGACAUUCUAGUAUCCAACAGUAUAUAAAUAUAACUGGCAUAGCAAUGCUGUAACUUCAAUCAGUCCACACCUCUUAAACCUCACUAACACAUACUACUCAGUGCUUAUGGAAAUAUCAAUGCUUUGCGACAUACAGACAGACAGACAGACAGACAGACAGACAGACAGACAGACAGACAGACAGACAGACAGACAGACAGACAGACAGACAGACAGACAGACAGACAGACAGACAGACAGACAGACAGACAGAC